AUGUAUAUUUAAAAAUGCCAAAGUUAAGCCAGCAGAAUAUAAGAAGAAUACGUACAUAUAUAAUGUAAUUUUAAGAUUUUUUAAUUUUUUGCUAUAAGGUGGGAAGGGAAAUGCAAAUGUGAAUUGCAAAUAAUAAUGUUCAAAUUAUGGGUGAAGUUUGACCAAAUAGUUUUUAAGAUUUUUGUGGUAAGAACAUUUAUAUAAAUAUUUAUCAUAAAGGAACAUUUUUCAGCUCUCUGUUCUAAGUUAAAACCCAAUCUGUAAAUCUGUUUGUAUGUGAAUGACCAUUGGACCUGUUUAAAAAAUAAGAGAAGCAAAGCUGCCAGUAAAAUUUACUUUUUUAAAAAUUGAAUCUUGAAUUAAUUUAUUUUUCAUAGUAACAUUGGUAUGUAUACAAUAAAUAUUAAUUUGUAAACAAGAGUACAUUUGCUUUAGUAAUCUUUUCCUUUUUUACAAGGACACAAUGUAAUUCUUUUCCCUUCUGGUGGCUUUUUAUUUUUUCUGUUUGUCUAUCUAUACAAACUCACUUUUUAUUAUAAAUCAUUUAUUUUACUAUUUGCAAUAGAAUUUAGAAUUUCUGGUACAAAAUAAUAAUGAAAAAAUAGUUAUAUAAAAAUAGUUAACAAAUGUAAGUAAUAUGUAGAUGUCCAGGAUCAAUUUAUGAUUAUUUUUAAGAAAAUAAACUAAAAAAUACUUGCGUUAUUUGUCCCUGGAAAUGAAAAAGAUCUGUUUUCUCGAACGUCAAAGUUGAACAUACACAUGUUCUCAUUUUCUAAUCAAUGACACAAUCAACAAGCUUUAGAUUAAAUAUAUAGUUAAAAUAAUCUUGAAUUCUUUUUCAUGGGUACAGUUUUGUAUAUAGACCGGGUAUACUUGUGAUGAAUUUUAAACAUAACCAAAUAGAUUAUACAAUUUUAUAUGCUAAUACUCGAAGUUAGAAUGUUGUUAAACUGGAAUGCAAAAAAUCUAAAAAAAAAUCCUAGUUCUUUUAUCACUCCAAUACUUAUACACCUUAACUCAAGUCCACACAAUUCUCGAGAGAAAGAGCGCAAUGCUACACUCAUCAUUAAAAUGCAGGGCAAUUCUACAUACAUCAGAGACCCUUCAGAUUCGAAAGGAGAACCACGAAAGUUUGCUUUUGAUUACAGUUAUUGGUCACACGAUGGGUUUAACGAGCAACCAGAUGGAUACCUAGCUCCUGUUGAUGCUAAGUAUGCAGAUCAGAAAGUUGUGUUUACAGACCUUGGGGAAGGUGUUCUUACGAAUGCUUGGAAGGGCUAUAACUGUUCCUUAUUUGCAUAUGGACAAACUGGAUCUGGCAAGUCCUAUUCUAUGGUUGGAUAUGGUGUCAAUAAAGGAAUUGUUCCAAUCACAUGUGAGCGGUUGUUUGAAGAUAUCGAAAAUAAGAAAAAAGAGGGUACAAAAACGGAAUACCAGGUCUCACUGAGUAUGUUGGAAAUAUACAAUGAGCAGGUCCGUGAUUUACUUAAUCCUUCUACAUUAAAAAUCAAAGGUGGAAUGAAGGUCAGACAGAAUCCAAAACAAGGAUUUUUUGUUGAUGGUUUGCUUGCUGCACCAGUUGGGAGUUACAAAGACAUAGAUGGAAAAAUCGAACAAGGUACAAAAAACAGGACUGUAGCAUCCACUAACAUGAAUGCAACAAGCAGUCGUGCUCAUACCAUUGUUGCUAUCAACUUUUCACAAAAGGGUAAAAAUGAAGGAACUGGACAAAACACAACAAAAACAUCUGUGAUAAAUCUUGUAGAUUUAGCUGGAAGUGAGAGAGCAGAUUCAACUGGUGCUACUGGUGAUCGGUUAAAAGAAGGUUCAGCCAUUAACCAGUCAUUAUCUAUGCUGGGCAAUGUCAUCAAGGCGCUGGCUGAUGCUUCUAAUGGAAAAGGAAAAGUUGUUGUACCAUUUCGUGAUUCUGUGCUAACUAAACUUCUUAAAAAUGCUCUUGGUGGGAACAGUAAGACAGUGAUGAUUGCUGCAUUAAGUCCUGCAGAUAUUAACUAUGAUGAAACUCUGUCUACGUUAAGAUUUGCGGACAGAGCUAAAGCAAUAAAAACCAAGGCUGUUGUAAACGAGAGUCCGACGGACAAACUUAUUCGUGAACUUCGUGAAGAGAAUGCAAAAUUGUUACAACGUUUAAAGGCUGCUGGUGGUGAUCCCGCUGCUCUGGCUGCGAUUGCUGCAGAGCAUGGUGCACUGCCUGAGAAAGCAGCUGAUGACGGGAAGAAGAAAUUUGAUGAAGCUGAGGUGGAGGCUAUGAAGAAAGAAAUGGAAGAAAGGAUGAAGCGCAACCAAGAAGAGGUGGAACAAAUGAAAAAAUCUUGGGAACAAAGAUUGAAAGAAGAAGAAAAAUCGAACAAGGAAGAAGAGGAAAAACUAAAAAAAGAACAUGAAAUGAAAAAAACUACGGCUCAUUUUUGGAAUUUAAAUGAAGAUCCGCAACUGACGAAUAUGAUCAUACACUUUUUAAAACCAGGAAAAUAUCGAAUUGGAAACAGAAAAGCAAACCCACCUGCAGAUAUCCAAUUGAAUGGAUUAAGUAUUAAGCAGAACCAUUGCAACAUAGAGCAUGAUGAGAAAACUAAUGUGAUCAAAUUAGCACCAGGAAGUGAUGCAAAAGUUGUAUUGAAUGGAAUAAAUCAAGUGUCAGAAAGUGAAUUACAUCAUGGUGAUAGAGUGAUGUUCGGUAACAAUCACUUAUUUGUUCUUCACCAUCCAAAAGAUGCUGACCUUUUAAAGAAGCAAUCAGAAGCGAAAAAGAAAGGACAGACGUAUGAAGAGCCAACACCCACGUUUGAACAAGCGCAAGAAGAGAUUGCACAGAACUCUGGCAUGUUGAAUUAUGGAAGCCUUACCGAUGGAAAAGAUGGGAAAAAGUCUAAAGAGGAUAUGUUACUGCAGGAAGAUUUGUUAAAAGUUCUACCAAUGAUAAACGAAGCAAACGCGAUGAGUGAAGAACUCGAUAGAAAGGUUGCAUUUGAGCCUGUAUUAGUAUCUCCACAAGCUCGUGGCGAGAAAGAUGGAAGAACAGAGGUCAGAGUAAAGAUGCGAGAUCUGACAAAUGACAAUGAAUGGGUUUGGGACAAAAAUAAGUUUAUCAACAGAAAAUUUAUAAUGCAAGAAAUUUAUCAGAACUUUGUUGAUGGCGAUCCAGAUUGGAAUGUUACAAAAAAAAAAGACCCAUUCUGGGAAGAUUCUAACACGGAUGUUUUGAUUGGGUCUGUUCAUUUAUAUCUUCAAAGUUUAGCUUACAAGAUUGAGCUCGAUGAAACGCUAGCGAUAACAGAUUAUAAAGGCAACGAGCAAGGAAAUUUGCAAGUGAUGGUCAUGCCAUGUGACAAAUCUGGAGCACCUAUCGGAGAAGACGACUUUGUUGAGGAUCCACAAGAACUGAUUGGGCAAGCUUUACAUUGCAAAGUCAAUAUAUUAGGCGCAAGAGGAUUGCCUAAAAAGUUUUCCAAGGGUGAAUCAUAUUGCAAGUACAAAGUAUAUAUCGACGAGAAUUAUGUGACAACUAAAAAAGUGCAAAACACUAUUAAUCCAGAUUAUAAGCAUGAAAAAAUUACGUCAUUUAAUCCUGUCACAAAAAUGGUGGUGGAAUAUUUGAUGAAAACUCCUCUUGUUAUCGAUGUAUGGGGCAAGCAAUCUAACGAAGCAAAGCCGAACACGAAGAAUAUGACUACAAGACAGCUAAUGAGCCAAGAUAAACUUGUCCGUGGACGACCUAACCAAGGUGGAAACACAGGAUCAGAAGAGGAAGAGAGAUACAAGUUGUUGUGUGACGUAAACACGUAUAAGAGACGAGCUGAGAGAAUGUCGAGAAAACUGAAACGCUUACAACAAUUGAUUGAUACACAAAAUAAAAACAAAAAAACAAAUGUUGAGGUGAAAGCUGUUCAGUCCAUCUUAAAAGGACCAGAUAAAGCAGACAUGCAACGAUUUCAUGCUGCAGCUGAUGUAGUACUAAAAGGAGAAAAGUUACGGAAAGAAACUAUGGCUAAUAAAGGAAAGGUCCCCACUAGUACAGCAUGCACAAUUCAGUAAGAAGAGAUCAAAACACUUUACUGUUAUCUUUAUCACCGCUUCUUGUGAACUAGCCAGAAACCAACCAUGUCUAUUGUUUAAACAUCGUUUCUCGAUGAACCAUUGAGCUGCACUGAGAAAAUUUUACGCCGUUGCUACAUUGUAGUAGUGUGCGUAUCAUCAUCUUAAAAAAUCACGCCAUUUUCGAUUAACACAUUAAAUUUUAUUUCGUUCGGUAAAAUACCAUAUUUGUGAAAAUUUUGAGACUUCAACUUUUUGGUUAGACCGAGAUAGGGGCAUUUUUUGCAAUGCUUUUAUUUGUACCAACAAUGGCAGUGUUUUUUUUUUUCAUUUUGUUGUUUCUUUUACAUUAUGUUUAUUUAUGUUUCCUACAAAGCACUAUGGUAUAUUUUUAUUCACUUUAGCAUAUUUAUUUGCGUUGCACAUAGUUAUUAGAGAUUUUAUUGUUAAAUGAUUCUAUUAAAUUAAAUGUAUAUAAUUUUUUGUAACCUAGAGAGGUCUAUCACCGAGAUAAUAUGAAACUUAGUUUCCAAUCCACCUAUAGUUAGUGACGUUACCAUAUUCAUUUCAUGUGGAUUGGGAUCGCAGUUGUUACGGGCUACGCGCUUUCUUUUAAGCAACAUAUACUGGACCUUGCACCAUUAAAAGGGACCACGCCCAGUCAUGAUCUGGCAGUUUACACUUGUGGAGGGGUUACCAUUGAUCUUUUCAUUCCGUUUCUGGUCAACACUAGAAUUAUCCAUUAUCUCCUCUGCUCCGGAUUUCAUUUUCCAGAAGUUUUAGAAUUGUAAAUCUUUACAAAAAUGUCUCUUAGGAAGAGUUGUUUGGUGCUUAUUAAAAAGCGUGUAGCUCUCUCACUUUAACGUACUUCUUCACGUAUUUUCAUAUUCUUAAAUCAUAAUGUAUAUAACAGAUUUUUUUUUCAAAAAAUAGUAUAUAAAUUAGAGAAAAUUAAUAUAAAGAACAA